GAAAACACACUGAGGAGACUGAACACUGCGCAGGACGGUGAUCAGAGAAUCAUGUCUAAAGUCCAGACGGUGGUGCAUCGCUUUGCUGGACAGACGAGCGGUGAAAAUCAGCAGCGCUCAGAGAACGGAUCCGUCACACAGAAUGAGAAUCACAGGAAUAUUACAGAGACGGCACGGAGAAAGGACGACAUGGAGAGGCUGAAAGCGGAGCUGAUCAGACGAGUUCAGACCCAGCUGAAUGAUGCGGUGGAGCGCGCCGUUUCAGACUCCAUCACAUCUCUGAACACACACUCACACACAAACAUGCUCACACACACUGACAACAAGACCAGCACAUGCGACAGGCACAAGCUGGAUCAAGGGAAGGUGUUCAUGGCCAGAUGUUCACUACUGGAUGAGCUGUUUGAGAUCAGCCACAUCAGGACCAUCUACCACAUGUUCAUCGCCGCUUUAUUCCUGUUCUUCAUGAGCACUUUAGCAGUGGACUACAUCGACCAGGGCAGGCUGGUUCUGGAUUUGGGUCUGUUCUACUAUGCAUUUGGUCAGUUAAAUGUGGUCAUCUGCUGCUGGACGCUCAUGUUCUCCUACACUUUGCUCGGACCGUACCAUGUGCUCAGGGUGUGGGCAGGACUGUACCACAAUGGCCACCACAGGACCUGUGUUUGCGUCGUCACUGCUAUAAUUCUAUGUGCUGCCCAGAUAAGCAUGCUGGGAAUAUUUCCAGUCUAUAUGGUCCUGCAUUAUCAGCUGCCGCCUGCAUCACGAUUCAUCAUCAUAUUAGAACAGAUCAGAUUUGUGAUGAAGAGUUACUCGUUUAUCCGUGAAUCCACUCCAGCGGUUCUCAAAAACACACCGCAGAAGGGUGAAUGUCUGCGGUUUCCAGCUCUCUCCAGUUAUCUGUACUUCUUGUUCUGCCCGACUCUGAUCUACCGUGAGGUUUAUCCGCGAAACCCAAACAUCAGAUGGACGUUUGUGGGCAAGAACUUUCUGAAGGUGCUGGCGAGUCUCUUCUACCUGUACUUCAUCCUGGAGCGUCUCUGCAUCCCUGUGUUCAGGAACAAGAGCGGCCUGCAGUUCAGCACACGCACACUCAUACUGACGCUCUUCCACGCUGCGUUCCCAGGAAUGCUGAUAUUAAUGCUGGGCUUUUACGCAUUUCUGCACUGCUGGCUCAAUGCUUUCGCAGAAAUGCUGCGCUUUGCCGACCGCAUGUUUUAUAAAGACUGGUGGAACUCCACUUCGUUUGCUAAUUAUUACCGCACGUGGAACAUUGUGGUGCACGACUGGCUUUACUAUUACGGCUACAGAGAUUUCCUCUGGCUGUCGGGGUAUAAGCUGCGCUCGGUGGCCACGCUCUCGGUGUUCGCCGUUUCUGCAUUAGUUCACGAGUACGCCUUCACCAUGGGCUUCGGCUUCUUCUACCCGGUGAUGUUCUGCACGUUUGCAGGCAUUGGUGUGGUGUUCAACUUCGCCAUGAAUGACAAACGCAAGAGUCCAGUGUGGAACAUCAUCAUGUGGACGUGUCUGUUCAUCGGUCAGGGUGUCCACGUGUGUCUGUACUGUCUGGAGUGGUAUGCACAGAUUCACUGCCCGCGCACCGGGGCGGGAUUCUGGGAUUUGGUGACGCCACGCUCCUGGACGUGCAGUUAUCAGUGACACUGAACACAAACACACACAGUGACCCAUAUAUUCUGAUCACUAACCGACUGUGUGCUUGAGGACGGAUCAGGCUUUACAUACUACUGGUGACACAUUACUAAACAUAUUACAUAACGUACUUACAGCAACUCACAUUUUCUGCUUGAUGAAGCGCAGCAGCCUCUGUAAAUGUAGCCUGUUUGUAGUUUUUACCUUGACUACUGUAUAUAUUUGGAUUGUUAUGUGUUAGAAAUUAUCUGGAAAUGUAUUUAAGCUAACAGAACAUGGUCAAAUGUUCAUUAUAAUGUAAAAAUGCAUAAUCUUUAACACAUAUGAAAUGUUCCUGCUGCACUAUUUAGUUUAACAAACAACUAUUGUAUUCAGAAGAUUUAUUCAAUGCACAAAGAGCCAAAACCUACAUUUAAGGCAAUGUUUUAAUUGUAUUUGCAUGAUUUAAAUAACCGUUUAAAAUAAAUA